CCUACCCAAGUUAGGUUCCAGUUAGAGGUACCUAACUUCACCACAAUAUCGGGAAAGUUACCCCGUAUAAUGCGCUAACGGAUAGUCGCGCAAUGCCUGCGGGAUCUGACGUAGGGAGCCCCUCCAUCCCUCCCAUCUUAUAAAGUCGCAAAAAUACGCCAGGCCUUUACUUACUGCUUCGUUACCCGGAGAAGUUACAAUUACCUACCUGGCCCUACGUUAGAUAUUUUUUACUUUUUCUUGAGAUAUUCCUCGCCAGUCCAGACAAUUCGUUUCCGAUACAUCCGACGUCAUUAGGUACCUAGGUAGUUCUUAUUGAAUAGAUCCACGACCUCCCCAACCGACUUACCUCGGGAUUCCUACGCUCAUACGUCACUCACGAUGUUCGAUGAUAUAUCUCCGUAGUCAUGGUCGUCAGAAUGGUCCUCCGGGGUACCGCCCCUUGCCCGGCCUGCCUCGGCUUGAACCGACCCCAAUUGAAUCCGCGGCUUGCGCCGUCGCGUGUAUUCCCUACGUCGCACUGUUCCUCGCGGAAGUCUCACAUCUUCAAUCGAACCUGGAAAACGCAACCGGGUAUAGCCAAGUUCAGUUCGAAUGCCUCCAAGAAGCCCGCCACGACGCAGAAAGAUCCUCUUGCUGCGGUCGACAAAAGCGCGCAGGAACAACGGAAGGCGGAUUGGGCGAUAAUGAGAGAGAUGGCGCAUUACUUGUGGCCGAAGGAUAACGUGGGCACGAAGCUACGUGUGUCGUUAGCCGUCGCGCUUCUAGUCGGAGCCAAGGUGCUAAAUGUUCAGGUGCCCUUCUACUUCAAGAGCAUUGUGGAUGCUAUGAAUAUUGACGUAGGGGAGACGGGUGGCACCGCCGCUAUGAUUGCGGGAAGCAUGAUAUUAGCUUAUGGCGCGACGAGAAUAGGAGCUACCGUGUUCCAAGAGCUGCGAAACGCCGUGUUCGCUUCAGUGGCGCAGAAAGCCAUACGGAGGGUUGCCCGCAACGUCUUUGACCAUUUACUUCGCUUAGAUCUAAACUUCCAUCUCACCAAGCAGACCGGUGGCCUGACGAGGGCCAUUGAUCGGGGUACUAAGGGCAUCAGCUUCCUACUCACCAGUAUGGUCUUCCAUAUCUUCCCUACGGCUUUGGAGAUUGGUAUGGUGUGCGGAAUCCUGACUUGGCAGUACGGAGCGAAAUACGCUGCCAUCACGGCCGUUACGAUGACCGCGUAUACUGCUUUUACGAUCUGGACCACCUCUUGGAGAACCAAAUUCCGGAGGCAGGCUAACGCUGCGGAUAACAAGGCCUCGACGGUAGCUGUCGACUCUCUGAUAAACUACGAGGCCGUUAAAUAUUUCAACAACGAGAAGUUUGAAGUUUCUAGGUAUGACAAGGCGCUUCGGGAAUACGAGAAGAGCUCUAUCAAAGUUGCGACUUCGUUGGCAUUGCUCAACAGCGGCCAGAAUAUUAUCUUCUCCAGCGCCCUAACAGCUAUGAUGUACCUCGCCGCCAAUGGUGUAGCAAGCGGUUCUCUGACUGUUGGCGAUCUCGUCAUGGUCAACCAGCUCGUCUUCCAGCUUUCCGUCCCGUUGAACUUUCUAGGGUCGGUUUACCGAGAGCUUAGGCAAUCCCUUCUUGACAUGGAGACUCUUUUCAACUUACAAAAGGUCAACGUUACCGUCAAGGAGCUCCCCGACGCGAAGCCGCUCCAUCUUUUCAAGGGAGGCGAAAUCAAGUUUCAGAAUGUCAAUUUUGGCUACAAUGCGGAGCGCCCCAUCCUUCGAGAUCUGACGAUGACGAUCCCCGCCGGUAAGAAGGUCGCUAUCGUAGGUCCGAGCGGAUGUGGAAAGUCUACAAUAUUAAGACUCCUUUUCCGCUACUACGACGUCGAGAAUGGUCGCAUUCUCAUAGAUGACCAAGACAUUCGUCACGUUACGCUGGAGUCCCUGAGAAAGUCGAUUGGCGUCGUCCCGCAAGAUACUCCCCUCUUUAACGAUACGGUCGAACACAACAUCAGAUACGGCGAUCUCUCGGCGCCCGAAGACCGGGUGAUCGCAGCUGCUAAACGUGCUCGUAUCCACGACAUUAUUUCUAGCUGGCCUGCUGGCUAUCAUACCAAAGUUGGCGAAAGGGGCUUGAUGAUCAGUGGGGGGGAGAAGCAGCGCCUCGCUGUUUCUAGAUUGCUGCUAAAGGACCCGCCGCUCUUAUUCUUCGACGAGGCGACCAGCGCGUUGGAUACGCAUACCGAACAGGCGCUCAUGCAGAACAUCAAUAGCAUCCUCCGGGAAAAGGCGCGAACGAGCGUGUUCGUGGCGCAUCGGCUACGGACUAUAUAUGAUGCCGAUCUGAUCAUCGUGUUGAGGGAAGGGAGAGUUGCCGAGCAGGGAACGCACAAAGAGCUUAUCGAUCAAGGAGGGCUGUACUCGGAGCUUUGGAGUGCCCAGGAAACUCUCUUCAACUCGGACGGGGAUAAAGAAGGAACCGUGAACGAAGAGAAAUGAAUUGAAAGUGAUGCUGGCAGCGAGAUGCCUCGGAUGCGAGGGGUCUUUGAUCGAUCCUGCGCGAAAUGGAGCUUCGUAGCAUUCAGAAGGACCCUUGGGUAGCGCAGUUAUCCUUUGGUAUGUAUCCAAGUGCGUUACUCGAUAGAAUAAUCUACCUAAAGCAAAGACCUCAUAAUCUGUGAAGCAUGUGAUGGUUUGAGGACGCCCACUAGGCUUCUAGUAGGACAACCAGCUAUAUCUGUCCAUGGAUGCUUUAAAUUGGCACAGUUGUUGUUCGAUGCCGUCGUCACUUUACACGACCUUACGCGUCUAUUUUAAGUCGAAAGGUUUAUCUUGGCUGGUAUUAGAAAAUGAUCCCCGUCGUUUGAGACGAUACAAGUGGCCAACCUCUGCUGCUAGCUAUCAAAGUCAAUCUAUCACUGAAUAAUUACU